UUCCCACGGGACUGAUAGAUCUGUGGUGAUUUCAAAGGAACUUCUGUUCCCUUGCCUGCCCUCAUUCUAAUGGGGAGUGCCAGUCUGACUACAGAAGCUGCUGGAUGCACAGACAGCAAAAGUGUUCCUGCACGUCGCAUUAAAAACCAUGGUAGAAAUUUCAUCCCUUUUUAUAAUUGCUGGUUUUGUUCUGAUCAAGGCAAAGCAGCUAACUGUACUGUCGGAGAUGCAUCUUGUGUUGGCAGGUUUUACAGGCUGCAUUCUUUGCAUUCCUUGAACACAACAGCGAACGAGAUCACUGGAAGUGCAAAGUUACAGCGGAACCUUUCCAUUGCCUCCGAUUCUCAUAACCAUGACUACAGUGUCACAAUACAAAGGCAGCAGCAAUCUUUUAGAAUACGUUGACCGUAAUCAUGCCCGCCCGGGACCAACAUGCAGUUGCAGAGCAGUGAAGAAAUUGGCCCCGUCUCAAGUGAGGAAAGCAGAAGGCCUCUUGUUCUAGUGUCCUGUGUCCGUUGAGAAGGAUAGAGUUGAGAAGAUGGAAUGAUGAUCCGUUUGCAGAGAUGAGUGCCAAAUGAUUUUAACGCCUGGUUAUUGAUCUUAAACUCUGAAGACGUUGACUGUUGACUUGUUUGGGCACUAAGUUGCAGGCGGAUGGACUGUUACUGUUGAUCUGCUGCAGGCCACCAUGCAUCAUCUUCUCAGCAUGGUGCUGGGACAGAGGGACCUGUCUCGGGCAGGAGACCUUUUCUCCUUGGAGGACUCCGAAAUCGAAGAUUGUCUGUCCGAAGCUCUGGAGCAAAUAAGAGAAAUAUCUUCCUCACCAGACUAUAUAACAAACGACAAUGACCAGGCAGUGGUGGAAAUCUGCAUCACUCGUAUCACCACAGCCAUUCGGAAGACCAACUCCAUUGAGAGGCACGGAAAAGCUCUGGUAAACGUGUGGGAGUCGUGUUUGGAGCAUAACCUGAAACCAGUUAGCAAAGAUGAAGACACUCCGCAUGCUAAAAUAGUCUCUGAUGUGAUGAGUUGCAUCCUCCAAAACUACAGUAACCCGUCGGUGAUGUCUCUGGCCGUCCCUGUGGCUGUGAAGUGCCUGGAGAUGGGCAACAGAGAGCUCGCACGCAACAUGUCCAACUACCUAUCACUUGCAGCCAUUGGCAAAGCGGACAUCCUGGCAACGCACACGCCCAAGAUCGUCAACAGUGUCCUACGCGGGAAUGUGGUCUUGCUGCGAGUUUUACCGUCAGUCUACAAGAGGCAUCCGGAAUCUAUUAACUGCCGUGUUACAGAGCUGGUUCAACUGAUGCCAGCGUUGGAGCCUCCCGAGCAGCAUCAGCUCGUCCGCCUUCUGCAAAUGAUAACAAAGCAAUAUCCUCAGGUAUUAAAUGAAUCAAUUUCUUUGUUGAUUAAACAACUGAAGGAACCCAGCCACAGCGACGUUAUUCUCAACAUCCUGGUGGAUCUAGUAACGUCUGAUCAACAUGCCCUGGAUAAUUCUAUUGAAGAUCUGAAACAAAUUGCUGAGCGUUGCCCAACUCUCUUAGGCCAGAUCGCCAAGGUUUUUGGAGUCGUUGGCUGCAUUAGUGAGGAAAAGGCAAGGAGCAGCCUGGUUUAUCUGGUGACACAACUGGCUGACAUGGAGCAUUGUUAUCACCACAUCCUGCUGCUGGAGAUUAAAACCAUCACCGACACCUUCAGCAACAUUCUCGGAUCUCAGAGUAAAGACAUUUAUUGCAUGAGUAACAGCUUCACGGCAAUCGCCAAACUUCUGGCCAAACAUCUAGAGAAGGACAUUGCUGCAACCAGAAGAAUGGCAACGGAUACGGCAGGAGAGGCCGCUGCAGGUUGCCAUGGUGACGAGGAUCUGAUCGACGAAGGGCCCGGAGUUCAGACGCUCCAGAUGAAGCGAAGGGCUUUUGAGAAGAAGAUGACGAACGAAAACAGUGCUUCGAGCCGCAUCCGUCGAUAUAGCCUGGGGCAAGCCUCCAGGGAGGAAUGGAAAGCAAUGCGAUUUAACAGGUCCAAAAGUCUGGCUCUCCACGCGAUGCAUGCAAAGUCCCUGAGCUCUGAAUGUGAGGAGGGCGAUAAUGGGGACAUCAAGACGGCCAUCACGUUUUCGGACAGGUCGCUGAGCGAGGGCAGUGUCACGCAGCUCCUCGGUCAAGACCUCGAGGAACAGAAACACCAGCUGCAUUCCCUCUCCCACAUCAACCUCACCUCAAAAGCGUCGAGGAAUUCCGACGGCGCCGUCAAUGGCAGCAGUGACGGAGGGAGUGCGGAGAGCCCGGGGCCGCGGAAUGCGGAAGCAUGGGAUCAACUCCACCUGUACCUGAGAGGAAAUAUCAAUGGCGUGAAGACUUUUUUCUCGGAGAUGGUGAAGAGAAUCCCUGUCCCAGAUGAGUGCCGCGUCGAAGAUUCCAUUGACGGGUGUACAGCAAAAGUCCUCUUCAGCUGUCCGCAGAAAGGAUUUUACUGCCUCUACAGCAAGUCCAGCUUCCUUCUCAACAGUCAGCAGCCUCAGCUGUGGAUUUACAUCAUGUUCCUCUCCCAGCAGAGCGAUUCCACGAGCCCUUUAACAUCCUCACAAGACGCCUCAGUACGAGUCCUGAAAGCCCUCUGGGAGAAGGCACAGCUGAGGGGGACGCACAGCUUUGAGACGGCGAUGACACAGACUAUUCAUUAUCAGAAGGAUCUGGACAGCCUGCAGAUGCACCUCGCCGAGGUGAGGUUUUUUGACCUGUUUGGCUACAGUGAGGAAGUGGGAAGGUGGCAAUGUUUCAUGUGCAAUAACCCAGAGAAGGCAGCAGUUGUAAAUGAGGACGGCCAACCACUCAUCGAGGGCAAGCUGAAGGAAAAGCAGGUGCGAUGGAAAUUUAUAAAGAGAUGGAAGACUCGGUACUUCACAUUGGCUGGCAAUCAGCUUCUAUUCCGUAAAGGAAAAUCAAAAGAUGACCCUGACGACUGCCCGAUUGAACUCAGCAAAGUGCAAAGUGUGAAGGUUGAUCGCCAAGAGCGGAGAGAGAGCGGGGUCUUCCUCGAGCCUUUUGAAAUCUUCACCGAUACCAAAACGUACAUCUUCAAAGCAAAGGACGAGAAGAAUGCUGAGGAGUGGCUGCAGUGCAUUAAUGUUGCCGUGGCUCAGGCAAGAGAAAGAGAAAACCGAGAGGCAACCACGUACUUAUGAAGGGAGGAGGGAGAACGCCGUUAACAUCGGCUAGCGAUAAAGUGGAUACACCGGAUGUGGAGAGGAUGUGACCACUAGUGGGACGGAGAGUCUAGGACCACAGGUCAGAGCCUCAGAAUUGAAGGACGUUCCUUUAGGAAGGAGAUGAGGAGGAAUUUCUUUAGUCAGAGGGUAGUGAAUCUGUGGAAUUCUUUGCCACAGAUGGCUGUGGAAGCCAAAAUUGAUAUUUUUAAGGCAGAGAUAGAUAGAUUCUUUAUUAGAGUCGGGAAUUUUGGGGAGAAUGCAGGAGAAUGGGGUUAAGAGGGAAAGACUUGAUGGGCCGAAUGGCCUAGCUCUGCUCCUAUCACUUGAAAAUAACCAUCCUGAUGAAUCACUACAGUACACAGUAGAAAUAAGGAACUGUAGAUGUUGGUUUAUUCAAAAGGAUACAACAUGCUGGAGUAACUCAAUGGGUCAGGCAGCAUCUCUGGAGAAGUUCCUAAGUUCCUGAGUUAUAGGACCAGCAUCUCUCCCUCUCAACCUCAGUCUCCUGCCUUCUCCCCAUCACCCCUCACACCUGUACCAAUCAAGAACAUGGAUAGGUGAUAUUUCAAGUUGGGACCAUUCAGUCUGGAAAAAGAGUUUCUGAUCCAAAAUGUCACCUAUCCAUUAGAUCGACACAAAGUGCUGGAGUAACUCAGCGGGUCCGGCAGCAUCUCCGGAAUAGGUGACGUUUUGUGUCGGGUCCAUUCUUCAUUUCAUCAGACUGACCUAUCCAUGUUCUCCAGAGAUCCAGCCUGAGUCGAUGAGUUACUCCAGCACUUUGAGGCCUUAUUUCGUAUGUAGAUUCGGCAGACCUAUAGAAUAAUUUGUCAUAAAGUGAAAACAGGUCCUUCGGCCCAACUUGCCCACAUCGGCCAAUGUGUCCCAUCUAUGCUAGUCCCAUCUACCUGCAUUUUGCCCAUAUCCCUCUAAACCUGUCUUGCCCAUGUAUCUAUCUACCUGUUUCUUAAACAUUGAAAUAGUACGUGCCUCAACGACCUCCUCUGGCAGCUCGUUCCAUACACACACCCCCCUUUGCGUGAAGAAAUUAUCCCUCAGAUUCCUAUUAAAUCUUUCCCCCCUCCCUCACCCAAAACCCAUGUCCUCUGAUUCUCAAUUCCCCAACUCUGGGCAGGAGGCUUGGGGCACCUAUCCGAUCUACUCCUCUCACGAGAGGAAUGUCUUACAGUUAGUUCACAUAACUAAUCAAGAUGAUUUGCCAGGAUGUCUUAAUCUUGAAACGAGAGAGAGUAAUUGUGGUGGGAGAGAGUAACUGCAGGUGGGGUGGCAUUCACCUGUUCACUGCCAAGUUUUCACUAUUGGCCAUGACCUGAGUAUACACGGAGUGGCACUGAACAGGUUAAAUAUUAUCAUCUGGUAAAAUGACAUCAAAAAUGUCAAAUCAACAGUACUAUAGAAGCAUAUAAAAGGCAUUGGACAGGAUAGAUGCAGGAAAAAGUCCAGAACCAGGGGUCACAGUUUAAGAAUAAGGGGUAAGGCAUUUAGGACUUCUUCUAGCAUAUGGCGUGCACAGCCUGAGGUUGUAGGACAAUUUGUUCUAUUUGAUCUUAUUUGAUUGUGCACGCCAGGUCGAUUGCAUUCAUCAUAGCAGGACAACCACGUGAAGGUUGCAAUCUCCCACCCCCAUUUCGGACUGAGAUGAAGUAAAACUUUUUCACCCAGAGAAUUGUGAAUCUGUGGAAUUCUCUGCCACAGAAGGCAGUGGAGGCCAAUUCACUGGAUGUUUUCAAGAGAGGAUUAGAUAUAGCCCUUAGGGCUAACAGAAUCAAGGGAAAUGGGGAGAAGGCAGGAACGGGAUACUGAUUUUGGAUGAUCAGCCAUGAUCAUAGUGAAUGGCGGUGCUGAUUCGAAGAGUCGAAUGGCCUACUCCUGCAUCUAUUUUCUAUGUUUCUACAAUGAACUGGAACAAGCACCUAGAUGAAUGAUUACAGCACGUGAUUUUAAAAUAACUCAACUGUUUAUAUCGUUUUGUAUUUCUGAUUUCUCUUUAAUUGUAGCAAUUGGCUGCAUGUUCCACUGUGUAGAUAUUUUGCAGAUAUGCAGAACUGGAAAUUUUUGUUCCUUACAAUAAAAAACAAAAUCCCUCA